AUGGCCAGUCCACAAUUUGCCAGUAAACUGCAGGAGGAAGUGACCUGCCCCAUCUGCAUGGACAUCCUGCAGGACCCUGUCACCAUCGACUGUGGGCACAAUUUCUGCCUCAGAUGCAUCACUCUGAGUGGGAAACCAUCAGACAAUACAGUCAAAUGUGCCCUCUGCAGUAAAUCUGUGAGGAGGGACACGCUGAGGCCCAACUGGCUGUUGAUGAAUCUGGUGGAGAAAAUCCAAGCUAUGGGUACCUCCGAGAUACUGCCAGAAAUGAAAGAACUGAGAUGUCAGAAGCACCAGGAGAAGUACCAUUACUUCUGUGAGCAUGAUGGGAGGUUUCUCUGUGCAGUGUGCCGUGAAUCCAAGGAGCAUAAAUUGCACAAGGCCAGUUUGAUAGAAGAAGCUGCCCAGAACUAUCAGGGGCAGAUUCAAUCGAAGAUUGAGGCCUUGCAGCAAAAGGAAAAGGCCAUAGUACAAGUGUCAACACAAGGCCAACAGAAGAUCAAUGUCUUCAUGUCCCAGGUGGAGUUUGAGAGGCAACGGGUCAUCACGGAAUUCAAGCGCUUGAGUCAGGUGCUAAAGGAGGAGAAGAAAUUCCUCCUGUCGCGGCUGACCUGGCUGGAACAGAAGGGAGCCAGCGGGAGGGACCUCUUUGUCACUUCCAUGGACACCCAGCUGAACUCUCUCAACAAGCUCGUGGAUUCCCUGAAAGCCAAGAAGCAAAAGCCGCCCAGCGAGCUGCUCUGGGACAUCAAAGUUGUCUUGUACAGGAGUGACGGGUUUCAAUUUCUCAACCCAGUCCCUGUGACCUUGGAUCUGGAGAAAAAACUCGGUGAAGCAAAAUCAAGACAUGACUCCAUUACAGAGAACAUGAAGAAAUUCAAAGAAAACCUCCUGGCUGAUAGGAAGAGAGAUAAAGGCAAAUUCUUCAAAGGCAUGAAUGAAAACUCCCUGAAGAGCUGGUACCUGUUAGAGAAUAGUAAUCCUAAAAAGAACAACACCUCAGAGCCUGAGUCACCCUCUCCAGGCGGAGGAAAUACUCAGCCGGUGUUGCCAAAUUCCCGCCCCUCAACUUCAUUCAACCCCCUAUUUCGGGCCUCCUUUGCUGGGAAAGCCACCCCUCCGGUAUUACUUCUGGCCCGAAACCGGGCCUCUUAUGUUGAGGCUCCCCAAAGCCUUGCCUGCUCUGAGAACGCGGGGAGCAUUGGCGCUGCGCAGAAGGAAGACCUCAAGAUGGCUCUAACCCCUGUAACCCUGGACGCAGCCUCGGCCCAUCCGGACCUCAUCCUUUCCCAAGAUCGGAAGACCGUGUCGCUGGACUGUGGCCUUUCGGGCGACUCUGGGCAGUCUACCGACCCCUCGCGCUUCUACCCGUUCCGCUGCGUGCAGGGAUUGCCCGGCAUCUCCUGUGGCCGCCUGGCCUGGGAGGCGGAGAUCCGAGGGGUCGGGGGCGGAGCCUGCGUGGUGGGCGUGGUCUCGGAGCACUCACCCAGGCAGGGCUUCCUGGUGAUGGAACCCAUGUUCGGCUUCUGGGUGCUGCGCAUCACUGGCUCCGAGUGCCAGGCGCUCACCGAGAUGGGUACCCGGGAGGACCUCCCCAUCCGUCCGAGGAAAGUACGCGUCUGCGCAGAUCACGAGCGUGGGGAGGUUGUCUUCUACGACGCCACCACGAGCAACCACAUAUACACCUUCCACGCCUCCUUCCCUGGGCGUAUCUUCCCCUUUUUCCGGCUCCUAUUUGCCGGCACCCAGGUCAUCCUGAGCUCCUAGAGAAUUUCUGUUACCUUUCUCUCCUUCUCCUCCCCGCCACCCUUAUUUUGGGAUGUGCUGCAGCUGGGGGUUGACAAUAGGUUUCCUGACUACCCCUUAAGACCGUUACACCCUUAGGGCUUCCUGGAACAGAUC